UAACACACUCACACACACACCCACCACUGCGUGUAUACAUGCACCUGCGUUCUGCAACCCCCUCGUACAUAUCCUACUCGCUCGUCUGGUACCUAGGUACUUGGACUGCACAUACAGUACAAAAAUACCUGGAUGUCUCGAAACUUGGAUAUAUCCAGGCCAUGUUCUGGUCAUGAUGAUUCCUUCGAGGCUCUGCUCUGCUCUGCUCUGCUCUAUUUUGCUGGCCAGGCCAGGCCGUGUGUCAAGGUGAUGUCAUUCUCUCGUUAAACAAACGGGCGUGCGUGCGCGUGUGCGUUCGUGCUCGUGCCCGCCACAGCCCCCAAUUUCCGAGGGGGGGAGCAAACAACAGAACAAGCAGGACGUCGACAAUGCAAAAUGCCCUCGAACCCAUCCUGCUGCUCCCUUCCAGACCCGACAAUGGAGGUGUGCCGGCGGGAGAUGGACGCUGCACCACGGUACGUACCUGAAGGGCGCAUCCUCAGAUAAGGCGCGGCCACAGCAGGCUGGCUCCCAAUCACCACGGCACCCCGUCGCACGCAACAAAGACGCCAUCCCUGCGCCGUUCCACCAUCCCUGCCCGGCCAGCCGCGCUUGGCCAUGUUUACUAACCCAUUGUCCACUCUCCAUCUGCUGGGCUUGUACUGUGUUGGCUAUCUUUCCGCUCCGCUCCGUCUCGACUUACUCGACGACAUGAAACUCCACCUCCGUCGCAUGUCAUUUCUGUGUGCUGCAUUGUUAUGGAUCACCUUGGGGCCCACGGCUCGUAGCCUCCCCGCGUUAACCACCAUCCAGCAAGCACCUGCCCCGCCUCAUCCACGCACUCACUAUCCGCAUGUCUCUGUAUCUGUGCAAACAGUCUUUGGCGGGCUGCGCAAUCCACGCGGGAACGUCGCAUGUUGGUCACCAUCCGCGAAGCUGCAUCAAUAUACGGACUGUACGGAUGCUCAAAUCAAUACCACACCUGCGUCAGAUAAGCAAACGAGUGCACUAGCAUCCAUUCACCGCCGUCGGAGAGCCAUGCCCUUGUAUCCAUGAUCGCGAUCUUUGCAAGCAGCUUGGCCACAAGAUCCGUCACCUUGCUC